ACCGGUUGGCCGCCAGGUAGGCACGUGAUAUCGGAGGCGGUUGUGACGUCACAGCCCCGGCAGUCUCCCUCCCUCGAUGUCCAAGAGUCCCCAUGGAUGACCUGACCCGAGCCCUUUCGGCCAGCUUCGCCGUGUCCAAGGAGCCCAACAGCACCUCCGGGCCGCACCCUCGGCUCUCGCAGUACAAGAGCAAGUACAGAGCGCUGGAGCAGAGCGAGCGGCGCCGGCGCUUCCUUGAGCUGCAGAAAAUUAAAAGGUUAAACUACGUCGACCACGUACGAUGUCUGGCCAACGGCGACUGGACCGGGGUGGACGGCGACGGGGAGCGGGACAUGGAGGAGCAGAAGGACGAAGGGCAGAAGGGGGAACAGGAGCAAGAUGGCACCGCCGAGGAAGAAGGGAUGGAGAUUGAGAGACGAAAGCUGCCGAAGCAUUACGCCAACCAGCUCAUGCUGUCAGAGUGGUUGGUGGACGUCCCUGCGGAGCUGGACUCAGACUGGCUGUUGGUGGUCUGUCCUGUGGGGAAAAGAUCCCUCAUCAUUGCCUCCAAGGGUUCCACUGCGGCGUACACCAAAAGCGGCUACUGCGUCAACCGUUUCCCCUCCCUGCUGCCCGGCGGGAACCGCCACAACUCGGCCAUGGGGAAAGAUUACACCAUCCUGGACUGCAUUUACAGCGAGGUCGACAGGACCUUCUUCAUCCUGGACAUCAUGUGCUGGCGAGGCCACCCGGUUUACGACUGCCCGACCGAUUUCCGUUUCUACUGGCUCCAGACCAAAAUGCAGGAGACCGACGGCUUGGCGGAGAUCGCCAAACGCAACCCUUUCCGCUUCGUCAGCCUCCAGAGCACCAAGUGCACGCCGACGUCCAUCUACAAAGCCUUGGCAGCCGAGUACAGCUUCAACGUGGACGGUCUUCUGUUCUACCACCGGCAGACCCACUACACGCCCGGCAGCACUCCGCUGGUGGGCUGGCUGCGCCCCUACAUGGUCGCCGACAUCCUGGGCGUGGAGGUGCCCCCCGGACCCCUCACCGCCAAGCCCGAGUACGCCGGCUACCAGCUGCAGCAGAUCCUGAAGGAGAAGAAGACCUCCGGCGAGGUGCGGCCCGCCGGGAGGGGCGGCAGCUACGAGCUGGAGCACCUGUCCACGCCCACCCAGGACAAUGACCGCAACCACAGAGCCAUCCAGGAAGCGCAGAUGGAGAGCUGAUGCGAUUACUGGCUCAUCAGUCACUCGGCAGGACGUCGCCCGUUUUUAUUUACAACUUCCUCCGACAAAUCACGGAUGACCUCCGAUUGUUCGUCUCGUCCAGAAGUGUUCUAUUUGUCUUUGUCGUACCAGUAAGGUUGGGAAAUCUCUCGUAAAUUUCCAUGAAAACUUCUGGAAAUAUCUUAACAUAUAGCUUAGUCAUGACACAACCAUGCAAGAUAUUACAGUUUAAAAAAAAAACAUGACAUUUCAAUUUUUUUUUCAGUGCAAGUUUGGAGUAUUACUGAAGUUAUUUUAUUGAAGGACAUGGAUGUUGAGUCAUAUUUCUCACCCUCCUGAGUCAAGCCAUUUAAAAAAAAAAAAAAAAAAGAAUACAAAUGUACCACUCGAUUCAAAAAUAUUAAUAACCUCCCAUUGUAGAGGCCCUCUGCCUGGACCAAAAAGUAGCAUAAAUGAUGAUAAUUUUAAAGCAUCUUCCUUCAAUCAAAUUAUUAUCCUUUUCUAUUUUUUUAUGCACCAGCCUCUUCAUUUUCAACAGUAAUUAAAUCUGGUUGUUUAUUCGGGAUUAUGCUAAUAUGUUUUCUUAGUAUGCCAGGCUCCAGUUUUGUAAAUUCAUGAUUAAUACCUGUGAAAAAUGUCCCACUUUAUAAAUCACAGAAUUUUGCAACCCUAGUUACAAUAUUUCAAUCAUAUGCAGGUAGUUUUUGAAAAACCACUGUUUGUAGUUUCCGAUGCAUCUCAAUUCAUCUGUUUACAACUUGUUUUUUUUUUUUUAUUUUAAUGUUUUUUACUUUACAAAAUAAAUCUUUUAUGGCUUAGUUGUCACUGUGCUUGCUGUUUU